AUGGAAGCAACUUUGGCUUGGGAUGUGAAAUUGUCAUCCGGUAUUAAUCUAAACGAAGGUGAUUGGUUUGAAAUCUUUGAUUUUAAACUAACUUAUGCUUCUGGACUUAUACGCCCAACAAAGAACAAAUACCAUAUCAUCCUCACUCGAAACGCAGUGGUUAGAAAGAUUAGCCUUAUCACAGAGUUUACAUUCCUUUGCUGUGCUAAUUACAAAAUCAUCCUCCGUGGUCUAUCGCAUACCAAAUUCUGCAUUGACCUAUGUGGAGCUUUGGUUCAUGUUGGCCCAAUCGACCAUGAUAUUAAAGUGCAAUACAACCCUAAUAUGAAUGAUGGACAUAAAAGCAGAAUUAAGUUUUUCAUCAUGAAUAUUGAUUUUGCUGAAAUCAAUUGUGUUACCUAUGGAACUGUAGCGGAUAAGUUAUAUGAAAACUGGCUGUCAUCAACUGCACAGGUUGUUGUUGGUGUUUUGAGAUUAUGGCGAAUUGAGUGGGGUGAUGGCUUCCAUUCUAUCGAGAAUGAUUUUAAAGCAAGAUACUUGAAGAAUUUGACGAUAGAAUAA